CUGUGGACGCCAGAUGGCCAGCUUCGGGGCGGUCUGCACCCAGCUGGCACUCGCGGGCCUCUGCGGCGUGCGCUUCUCCGUGCCGCUGUUCUUCGUGAGCCUGCUCGCGGAGGACCCGGCCAGCGAGCGCCACGAGCAGUUCUACUGCCUCGGCACGGACUGGUUCCGAUGGGCUGUGGGCCUGGUGAUGAUGGUCGAGUGCGCCGUAGACUUCCUGCCGAGAGAUGUGCGGGAG